AUGGAAAGACAAAACUACUCCAAGGUGUCUGAGUUUAUUUUGUUAGGACUCACAGAGUCUCAUGAGUUACAGACUUUCUUUUUCGUAUUUUUUUCUCUCAUUUACAUAUUCAUCGUGCUAGGUAACCUUGUAGUUAUUUUGGUAGUGAAGUUGGAUCCUAAGUUGCAUUCUCCCAUGUACUUCCUACUGGCCAACCUUUCCUUUAUUGACAUGUCUCUGGCCUCCUUUGCCACUCCUAAGAUGCUCUAUAACUUAAUUAGUCAAUAUAAGACGAUCUCUUAUGAUGGCUGCAUGACACAGAUGUUUUUCCUUCACCUUUUAGGCGGAAGUGAGAUGAUGUUGCUUGUAGCCAUGGCAAUUGAUAGAUACAUUGCCAUAUGCAAGCCCCUCCACUACAAAAAUAUUAUGAGCUCUCGUGCUUGCCUCAGCCUUGCGCUUCUCUCCUGGAGUACGGGUUUUGUGCACACCAUGAGUCAAAUGGUUUUCACAGUGACUUUGCCAUUCUGUGGUCCUAACGUUGUGGAUAGUUUUUUUUGUGAUCUGCCGCGCGUGAUCAAACUUGCCUGCACUGACACUUACGUGCUGGAGCUGCUAGUAAUUGCGGACAGUGGACUACUCUCCUUGUUCUGCUUCGUCUUUCUGUUCAUCUCCUACAGCAUCAUCCUGGUGACUGUGCAGCACCGCUCCUCCAGGGGGUCGUCUAAGGCUCUGUCUACUCUGUCAGCUCACAUUACAGUGGUUGUACUGUUCUUUGGACCUUGCAUCUUUAUCUACAUUUGGCCAUUCAGCAGUGUUUCUGCUGAUAAGGUCCUCUCUGUAUUUUACACAAUUUUUACUCCCCUUUUAAAUCCAAUCAUCUACACAUUUAGGAAUAAAGAUAUGAAGAAAGCAUUGAGAAAAAUAAAUAUAAAGUAUGUAAGUUCCAGAUCGAGUUUUUAA